AUGAAAGGCUUAUUUGACAAAAUUGGUACAAAGACAUGCUGCUCUACUAUGAGUAAAUCAGACAAAAAGAAGUACAACGUAGCUAUGGGGAAUGUUCUAGACAUGAAAACAGAAUAUAAAAUGGUUCAAAUUACCGGCAAGCUUAAGUUAAUACGUGACUCGGAAAAAUUCUUGUUUUUUGAGUACUACAAUCGGAUUUAUCCAACUAUUCAAAAUUUUGAUAAAAGUUUGUUUAAAACAGUUGUAUUAGACGAAGGUGCGGUUGGCCCACUCAGCAGGGGUGCUGAUGUGAUGGCACCUGGAGUAAUAAAAUAUCAAAACCAAUCAGUACACUUUAAAAAAGAUGAUGUUGUUGGCAUUGAAAUAUUAAAUCAAGGGAUAUUUGCAAUCGGCCUAUGUCUUAUAGAUUUUGAAGAAAUGUUAUUAAAGAAGGAAGGGCCAGUUAUUGAAGUUUAUCAUAUUAAAAACGAUAUGCUAGAUCAAAAUUUGAUAUGA